AUUUACGAUACGAAAGGUUUGGCUGUAAGCUAUUAUUUAGAAAAGAAACAAAUCAUAGAACUAACAUUUUCAAUCUAUUAGCUUUGAAACGUAAAAUAAAGAACUUACCCUUUUAAACAUAUUUAUAUCCAAGUCAGAUACAGAUGAUUUAACAAUUUAUUUUUUCUGAAGUAGAAUAGUUAACGUGCAGUUUAUUCUCUCUGUCUCUCUGAAAACCUUAGUUUGACCACAAGAUCAAAAUAAUUUUCAAAAAAACUGUCAGUAUCUUUUCAAUCAAUAUUAUUUUUGAGAGUUAACCUUGAUUCAUACAUCAAUAUUUGCAGUUUUACUGAGAGCGAUUUUAUCUGUAAAAGGUGGCAUGCUUCUCUGAACUUACAGACGUACAGUACCGACAGAGACCCAACCUAACAACGGAAGAUACCCUAACUAUACCCCAGGUUUACUUUAAAAUUUACUCGGGGUUUCGUCUGGGUCUGUCUUUUGUAAAAAUGCAUUCACUUAAGGUUUACUUUGGGUUUAUAUGAUGUUUGCUUUUGGGUCCACUUUACGCAGUUAAAUGUGCAGGUCCGUCUUUUAUCUAGUAAACAUCUUAUCGCCUAAAAUUCCUACUUCUUUUCAGAGUUUACUCUUUGUAUUCAUUCUGAGUUUACAAAAGUAAACCCCGAGCAGACCCUGAAUAUAAACCCCAGGUUAAGUUUGGGUCUACUUUUUAUUAGGUUCGGUUUGAUCGAUACAUUAAAAACCAGAAAUUCACUCAUGGUAAACGCAAGAUUGAAACAAACAAGGAAAUAAUAAACGUAGGACAAACGCACUCGACGGUAGUUGUGAAUUCGAUAUCUGUGGUUAAAAGAAGGUUAUUUUAAAAGGUUUUUUUGUGCUGAGUUUCACAGAAGCUAUUUUAUUUUACAUCUUAAACCUUGGUCAAUUUAAGACAGUCUUUAAAUAUAUGGACCUGUCUAAAUCGAGUGACACGCUUCUUCAUAUUCUCUCCAUUACAUCACUCAUCAUAGGAUGCAGCGGAACCGUAUCAAAUAUAUCUAAAACAAAUUGGAGAGAUGCUCAGGGGCUCUGCAGGACGAAAGGAAGUAUAUCAAGUUUGUUUCCACAUGCAUUACAUAAUGAAAUGUAUUUUUGGACAGCAUUUUAUACUCGUUUGUCAGCGUGGAUAAAAAUAAUCGGUUGUUACGAAGAAUCUGCUGUAAACACUGUGACCAGGAAGUCCUAUGAAAUGUAUUUCCCGUCAGCUGGCCUUUGUCAGGAAGUCUGCUUUGCAUCCAGCUAUUCAGUAUUUGGUGUACAGUUAAAGAAAUGUGUUUGCUUGGAACAAAUACCUGAACAGGGGAGCAGAGGAGCAAAUGGUUGUUCAUUGUCAUGUUCUGGGAAAUACCCUUCCGAAACAAGUAAUACAUUUCAAAAUGAGUGUGGAGGACAUCAGACUUAUAACCUAUUUAAGUCAGGGUCUGAAAUGGUGAAUUCUCUUUUAACAACGGAAGCUUGUGUAUCUAUUCAAUGUCAAGGUGACCAAAGGUUUAUAGAGCAGGAGUGCAACGAAGUAAUCGCGCAAAUAUGCAAUCAAACUCUUUACACAGAAUACAAUAAUUGGCAAUCAACGUCAGCAGAAUGUAAAUUAAAGCAUAAUUCAUACCUUUUUGGAGACGUAGAUCUUACAGAUCCUAGGCGAUCAUGCGAUCUGAUACAGGGGCAACCUCAAGGUCCUUCGUGGCUAGGCAUUGCUAAAGAACUAUACGUUAGUACUUAUGAAGCGAAAGAUGACAAUGACAAGAUUAAAAGGAAACCAUCAAUAUCUUAUCCAAAGAAGUGUUUGAAAUGCAAUAAACUUGACUGUACAUUUGCUGAUUGCGAUGAAUUUAACUACAAUGUUUGUUUGCUGAUGCACGGAGCCAUUUCUACCACUCCUACAGGCACUACCAAAAGUACUCAUCAGCAAGGAACUAUUUCCACUUCUACUACUCCAACAGGAAACACAAAUGUAACUAUGGUAGUUGUACCAGUAUCCGUUGUUGUCAUUCUUGGCUUAGUUGCACAACUUCUUGUCAUCCUUUGGAGAAGACGACAAACUAAAAUGACUGGAGAAACAAACAAUGUUCAGAAUAAGCCUGAUUUAACCAAAUAUUCCGAGAAGAGUGAUUUCAAUUAUUCAUUACAAAAUAAUAAUUUUGUUUUGGAGAAAAUGAAAACAUAUUCUUUAGUUGAUUGUACCUAUCAUGCCGAAGUUGAAGAUAGUAGAAGCCCCUAUGAAGAAUGUUAUGGUGAUGAUGGUUAUGAAUAUAUUAAUGAAAACUUAAGAGAGAUCGUGGAGGACAACAAUGAUAAUCUUGAUGCAUUUUUUCCUAGCAAUGAAGGCGAAUCAGAUUAUGGUGUCAGAAAUAGGAGUGGUGAGUGUCAAAUGGAAAAUCCGUACAACCACACCAACACAGGGGAAUAUCACGUUGUCUUGGCAGACAAUGAAUUCAAUACAAUUUCUUUUAACGUUGUAGUGUAGUCUAGAGAAAUACCAAAGCUUUUAUAAGAAUAACCCAUUUCUUUAAAACGCUUUAUGACGACACACACAGGGCCAGCAAAAUCAUUUAGAAUCGCGGAAUACAUAGUAUUCUAAACAAUCUAAUAAUUCUGUGUGAAAUAAUCUAUACAAGUUAUCAUUUACCUAGGGAUAAAAUAACAUUUAUCUGUGUAAUCAUGUAACAGAAUGUACGAAUAAUCUUUGUAUUGAAGAGCGUGAUGUCGCUAGAAUACAGGGUA